AAAACUAUAGGCAUUUAAAAUACAAUGAAAUUACAGUUUAUUUAAUAAAUAAAUAAUUUAAUUAUUGAUAAUUGAAUGUCAGAAAGUGAAGAACUGAUCCAUUGAUUGAUAUAUACAUUCGUUAAUUGAGGAAAAGUAGAGACAAAGCUUGGAAAAUGUCAAACGUGUUGAUAGCGGACAACGGGGCGCAUACCAUGAAGAUUGGUUUGUCGACUGACACCGAACCUAAACUGAUCCCAAACUGCAUAAGCAAAGUGAAGAGCGAGAGGAGGCGUCCGUUCAUUGGAGACCAGAUGGAGGACUGCAAAGACUAUUCACAGAUGUUUUAUUUGAUUCCCUUCUCGAAGGGAUAUCUCGUUAAUUGGGAUUUAGAGCGACAGAUAUGGGACUAUGUCUUCAAAACCAAACUCAAGACCGACUUCUCGGACACCACUCUUAUAAUGACUGAACCGACGCUGAAUUUCAAACCAAUUCAGGAGAAUAUGACAGAAAUCCUAUACGAAGAGUACGGUUUCGCCAGUCUUUUGCGCGCAACGGGUCCUCAAUUAGCGUCUUAUAAGUAUUAUAACGACAACAAGUCGUCGAUGGCCUGUCUUGUGGUCGAUUCCGGCUUCUCGUUCACACAUAUCGUGCCAUUCAUUAAAGAUAAAAGAGUUAAGGAAUCCAUUAGGAGAAUAGAUUGCGGCGGAAAAGCGAUGACCAAUCACUUGAAGGACAUCGUGUCGUACAGACAGUUGAAUGUCUUGGACGAGACACAUGUCGUCAAUCAGGCCAAAGAGGACUCGUGUUAUGUGUCGAACCAGUUCUGGAAGGAUAUGGAGAUCUGUAAAGAUAGACGAAAUCCAAUCAUUCGUGACUAUGUUUUGCCCGACUAUACGGUCCUGAAGAGGGGUUACGUACGCGACCCGAACGACAAGACACCCAUCACUGAUCAUCAGGUGAUUCGCAUGAAUAACGAGCGAUUCCAAGUGCCGGAACUGCUCUUCCAUCCCAGCGAUGUAGGCAUCGAUCAAAUGGGUAUUUCACACACAAUCGAUCACUCAAUCAAUACCAUUCCAGAGGAGAUUCGGCCGCAUCUCUACGAAAAUAUACUUCUUAUUGGCGGAAACUGUGGCUUCAGUGGCAUCAAAGAGCGGGUCUAUUCGGACGUGCGGUCAACGGCACCGCAUUUAUAUGACGUGAACGUAUGCCUACCGCCCAGUCCUAUGACAUACAUCUGGCAAUCGGGUCGAUAUGUGGCCCAAAACACGGAUCUCUUGAACAAACUGUGCAUAACUCGGAAGGAAUACGAAGAGCAAGGGCUGGCCUUUUGUAUCGAUAAAUUUGAUGUCUAUUGACUUUGCAUUCAAUCAUUUUUAAAUUAAACUAUAUUUUAUACAACUAUUUUUCAUUUAAUAUACCAUUAAAUCAAUGCUAUGUUUAAAA